AGAAGCCGCAGAACUACAGAAGCGUAAUAUCAACGGUAAUUUGGCAUUUCCACACGUUAGAAAGAAACUACAAGCUGAUAGCUCAUCAAUGGCUAUCUCUACCUUCACCAUCAAACCCGCACUCCCUCCUUCUCUCCUUCUCCGCCAUAGUUGGCAAUCGCUUCCAAACCGUCCAAUUGUCUCUAUCCUCCUCACUCAAUCCCCUACCCUUCGCCUUCCUCCACCUUCCCGGAGUGUCCGCCGGCGCCGGCGAAUUAUUCCCGUCAAUGCGACUACGGUGAACGGGGUAUCAAUUUCUAAUAAUCCGGAUGGCCAAGAAAUUUCGGAAAAGGUUAAUUUAGGAGAUAGAAUUCGGAAGAUUUUCGAAGCUUUGCCGUCGAUUUUGCCCGGAGGAAAAUGGUGGAGGUUAUCCGAUGAAGAUAUCGAUGUUGACCUAACGGCGAAGCCGGUGACGGUUUGGAAUGCGCUUCAUCGGAUGUGGAUGUUGGUUCGUAGUGAUCGUUGGGUCAUUUUUGCUGCCUUUUCUGCUCUAAUUAUCACUGCGCUUGCAGAGAUCUCUAUACCACACUUCUUGACAGCAUCAAUCUUUUCUGCACAGAGUGGCCAAGUCAUGGUCUUCCGUCGAAAUGUGGUUCUUUUGUCAGUUUUUUGCGUCGUUGCAGGAAUAUGCAGUGGUAUAAGAGGAGGCUGUUUCAGCGUCGCUAACAUGAUCCUUGUCAAGAGAAUGAGGGAAACAUUGUAUUCAUCUCUCAUGGUUCAGGACAUAUCCUUUUUUGAUGCUUCAACAGUCGGCGAUCUCACAAGCAGGCUUGGGGCAGAUUGUCAACAAGUCUCUCGUGUGAUUGGAAAUGAUCUUAAUCUGAUAUCACGCAAUGUUCUGCAGGGCACUGGUGCCUUGAUAUAUCUGCUAAUUUUGUCAUGGCCGCUUGGUUUGUGCACCUUAGCAAUAUGCAUCACACUUUCAUCAAUAAUGAUUGUUUAUGGCCAGUACCAGAAGAAGGCAGCAAAGCUGACACAGGAGUUCACUGCCUCUGCCAAUGAUGUUUCUCAAGAGACACUGUCUUUGAUGCGGACGGUUAGAGUUUAUGGCACAGAAGAGCAAGAAUUAGCAAGGUAUGAGGUGUGGCUGGAAAGAUUAGCUGGUAUCAGCUUACGACAAAGUGCUGCAUAUGGAUUGUGGAACGUCAGCUUCAAUACUCUUUAUCACUCAACACAGGUCAUUGCUGUGCUGAUUGGGGGAAUGUCUAUUUUGUCCGGUCAUCUGACAGCAGAACAACUCACGAAGUUUCUGUUAUAUAGUGAAUGGCUAAUCUAUUCAACAUGGUGGAUAGGGGAUAAUGUGUCAUCAUUAAUGCAGUCUGUGGGAGCAAGUGAGAAAGUAUUUCAGAUGAUGGAUCUCUCACCUAGUGAACAGUUCAACUCAGAAGGAUUUAAACUGCAAAAGCUGACCGGGGAUAUCGAUUUUGUGAAUGUCUCUUUUUCCUAUCCCUCAAGGCCCGAGGUACCUGUAGUACAAGACAUAAAUAUUUCCAUGCAUCCCAAUGAAGUUAUUGCUAUAGUUGGUCUUAGUGGCAGCGGUAAAAGCACAAUUGUUAAUCUUCUGCUACGUCUUUAUGAGCCAACUGGUGGUGAGAUACUAAUUGAUGGCCACCCUCUGAAAAAGUUAGACGUUCAAUGGUUGAGAGAAAGGAUAGGAUACGUGGGCCAGGAACCUCGACUUUUUAGAACGGACAUAAGUUCAAACAUAAGAUAUGGAUGUCCCAAAGAGGUCACACAAGAAGAUGUUGAGUGGGCUGCUAAGCAAGCUUUUGCUCAUGACUUUAUUUCAUCCUUGCCUAAUGGUUACAGUACGAUUGUCGAUGAUGAUCUGCUCAGUGGUGGACAAAAACAACGGAUUGCUAUUGCUCGAGCUGUCCUUAGGGAUCCAGCAAUUUUGAUCCUUGAUGAAGCUACUAGUGCCUUGGAUGCAGAAAGUGAACACAAUAUAAAGGGUGUUCUUCGAGCAGUAAAAAAUGACUCACGAUCAAGGAGAACUGUCAUAGUAAUUGCACAUAGGCUUUCUACAAUACAAGCUGCGGACAAGAUAGUGGCGAUGAGUGGUGGCCAGAUUGUUGAGGUGGGUGGUCACAAGGAGCUUCUUCUAAAGGAUGGCUUGUAUGCAAGAUUAACUCGUACACAAGCAGAUGCCGUGGCUUGAAGCACGUAGCAUUCCAUGGCUGUUAUUUACCGUGGUACAAAACCCAUUGAUGCAUCGAGAUUUUAUCUUUCUUAACAGUAGUCUCUAGCUACUGCAGUCACGCGUAGUUGGAGCAAGUCGUUCUGUUCUGCUGCUGCUGACGUGUGAAUUUGUAGGCAGUCAAAUUUUAUUUAUAUCACAGAGCAACGAUAAAACUGCGCAUUGGUGGGUUAAUAAUAAUGGCGACCAUAACCCGUCAACAUGGCUUAAAAUCGCAGCUCAAUUUUUUGAAGUAGCUGCAACAUGUACUGUAUGUAUUAUUUUCCCUUCCAAUUCUUUAUCCUCGUCCACCAAUAUAUAGAAACUAGUCAGCUCAAUCUGGAAAUUGACUAACUUGUACUCCGUAAGUUGUACGUGUACAUUGUACAGUAUUACGUAUAAUCGGUGUACAUUUGUACCAUGUUGUACUCUUGGAUCCUUUGGUUUCUCCUUGUAAGUUGUAAUACUUGAUUACUUUCACAUUUAUGCUGAUAUAUUACCAAAUAUGCUUAAUAUA